UUCUGAUAAAGGAGAAUGUAUACAAAAGAUGGAAAAAUUGAAAUUGAACCUACGGAAAAUGAAAGUAAAUAUCAGUGCUUUGGGUUUGGAUUUAGUUCAGUUGCAUCAGGAUAUUUGGCUGGUGUAAUUGAAACAAUCGUAACACAUCCGCUGGAUGUUGUAAAAGCUCGUAUGCAAAACCAAAAUAAAAAUAGUGAAGUAUAUAAAAAGUCUCCAAAUUAUUAUAAAAAUAUGAGUGAUUGCAUGAUAAAAAUGUAUAAACUAGAAGGAUUUCGAAGCUUUUUUAAGGGAAUAACAGUGGAAUUGAUGGCAGAUCCACCACGUCGAGCCAUAAGACUGAGUUUAUUUGAAAAGUAUAAUGUACAUUUACAAAGUGGGGAUGGUUCACCAAUAAUGUGGGCAUUGGCUGGUGGCUUUGCAGGUAUUAGUGAAUCAUUCGUAAUGACUCCAUUUGAACACAUCAAGGUUAAAAUGCAAACAAACGUGCUCAAGCAUCCCCCCAAAGUUUUUACGGUUGUACGUAAUGUAAUUAAAACCAAUGGAUUUGGUAUUUAUGGUUUAUACAGAGGUCUAGAUUCAACAAUACUUUGUAAGGGUAUAUUUGUUGGAAGUUUCUUUGUUGUAUAUAAUUCUCUAAAAAACAAAUUGCCAGUGUUUGAAAAUCCUCAUUUUGAAUCGAUGGCAUAUUUUCUAUGUAGUUUUACAAGUGCUGUAACAGGGGCAUUCAUAAAUACACCAUUUGAUGUUGCAAAGACGAGGAUUCAAGCCGUCACAAAUGACAAAUAUAAUUAUGUUUACUGUAUACCAACUAUGCGUCACAUAUAUCGUAUGGACGGAAUUGGUGGUUUAUAUCAAGGGUUGUUACCGAGAUUAUUAUUUGUGGGUCUAGAGAAUGGCGUUGUUAUGGUUGUGUAUGAGUUUGUUUUGACUAUUUUUAAGCAAUGUAUACCAAAUGAUUAAUCUGAUCGAUCAUCUAAACAAAACUAUGUCUAAUUUACCAUUUAUUAUCUUAAGUACUUGUGUCAUGUUAAGUAACACA